ACUACUUUGUGCUCAGUUUUAUCAAAUUUCACCUUGUCUUCAUAUUUAUCAGAUCUUUGUUCGGGUAUGGAGGAAACUUACCAAUCUCUUCCUCCCCAUGUAAUUAUUCUUCCAAGUCCAGGUAUGGGUCAUCUAAUACCACUCACUGAGUUUGCUAAACGACUCGUUCUUAAUCAUGGUAUCAUAAUUACAUUCACCAUUCCAACUGAGAGUAUUAAUUCUACAUCUGAAGCUCAGAAAUUAGUUCUUGAUUCUCUUCCAGGUUCUAUCAAUUCCAUAUUUUUAUCUCCUGUGAAUUUAAGUGACAUUCCGAAUGAUGUCCCUAUUGGUUCCCGAAUUGUUUCAACAGUGACUCGUUCCCUUUCUUCUCUUAUCGAGUCGCUUAAAAUCAUUACUUCUAGUCAUCGUGUUGUUGCUCUUGUUGUUGAUAUCUUUGGUACUAGUGCUCUUGAUGUUGCUAACGAGUACAAUAUUACACCUUAUAUUUUCUUUCCAUCAACAGCUAUGUAUUUGUCUUUGUUAUACCAUUUACCUGUUAUGGACCAGGCUUACUCUUGUGAGUAUAGAGAUGUAUCUCAUCCAAUUCAGAUUCCAGGUUGUGUGCCAAUCUGGGCCUGGGGGACCGAUCUUCUGGAUCUACUUCAAGAUAGGAAGCCAGAAAUUUAUAACAGAAGUUUACAGUACUGGAGGAGGUUAAAUAUAGCUGCAGGUAUUUUGCUCAAUAGCUCUGAAGAUCUCGAACCCGGUCCUAUAAAGGCUUUGAAUGGAAAAGAAUGGGAUAACCCGCCAGUUUACCCAAUCGGACCACUUAUUAGAACGGGUGUGAGCGAUGAUGGAUACGAUCAGUCUGGUUGUUUGCAGUGGUUGGAUAAUCAGCCAGUGUGUUCUGUUUUGUUCAUCUCAUUUGGUAGUGCAGGAACCCUCUCCAAUGAGAAACUAACUGAAUUAGCCUUGGGGCUAGAAAUGAGUCAACACAAGUUCUUGUGGGUUCUAAGAAGCCCUACUGAUACGUCUGCAGAUGCAAAUUACUUGAAUUCCGAAAGCGUUGGGGAUCCUUUUGAAUUCUUACCAAAAGGGUUUUUGGAUAGAACAAGAGUGUCAGGUCUUGUUGUUUCUUCAUGGGCACCACAAGUGCGCAUCCUUAGCCACAGAUCAACUGGCGGGUUCUUAACUCAUUGUGGAUGGAAUUCGACUCUUGAAAGUGUUAUAAAUGGUGUCCCCUUAAUUGCUUGGCCACUCUUUGCUGAGCAAAAAAUGAAUGCGGUGAUGCUUACAGAUGAUUUGAAGGUAGCUUUAAGGCCGAAAGUAAACAAAAAUGGGAUUAUAGAGAGUGGUGAGAUUUCUAGGUGUGUUAAGGGAGUUAUGGGAGGAGAAGAAGGGCACAAGCUUAGGUGCAGGAUGGGAGAUCUUAAAGGUGCUGCUGCUAGUUCGUUGUCUGAGGGUGGCUCGUCGUUUAAGUCGCUUGCUGAGGUGGCAAACAAGUGGAAAAAUCUUUAGAUGUAAUCUUUUACUAUCCUGACGAAAAAUAAAAGACCAGCCAAGGAGGGAAGCCAACUUGCGUUUACAAAUGUAUUAAGCCAACGGAGAUUGCCGGCCAGGCCACGCUUCAUCAUUGAGCACAGAGCUUGUCCAAAUAAACAGAGAUGGUAAAUCUUUAUUACUUUCAUAAAUGUAUAUUUACAGUUGGAACUCAGGUGAAAUACCCAAGAAAUAAAUCAUGAUUUAAACUA